UUUUUUUUAUUUAAAUAUAAUAAGAAAGAAUUUUUUUUUGAUUUUAUCUCAUUCAAAGAAUGAAUUUAUUAGAUUCUUUAGAUAAAAUAUGCCAAGGUAUUCCAGUGGAUCCACUUCCUCAGUUUAGACCGAUAGAUGAUUCCGUAAUCCAUGCACCUUUUAAAAACAACGAUCUGAACGAACAAGACAGAAAGCAAGCGGUUUCUAAUGCAUUGCGAUACUUCCCUCCUAUAACGCAUUCUAUAUUGGGUCCGGAAUUUAAAGAAGAACUCAUUUCGUAUGGUCAUAUAUACAUGUAUAGAUUUAGGCCACACUUGGGAAUGAAGGCCUAUCCAAUCAAUGAAUAUCCCGGAAAUUUGAUCGAUUGUAAAGCUAUCAUGUUGAUGAUUAUGAAUAAUUUGGACCCGAAUAUCGCUCAAUAUCCCCACGAACUCGUGACUUACGGCUCAAACGGUCAAGUUUUUUCGAAUUGGGCUCAAUUUUUACUCACCAUGAAAUAUCUGGCGGAAAUGGUGGAUAAUCAAACUCUAAUCAUGUAUUCCGGGCAUCCAUUAGGCCUGUUUCCAAAUCGACCUAUUUAUGAUUCGUACAUGAAUGGCUCUGGUGAUGCUGGCAGGGAGUUACAUCGAAACUCCGAAUACCAUCCCCGAAUGAUAAUAUCGAACGGGAUGAUGGUGCCUAAUUAUUCGAACCCUGACACUUACGAUAAAUUAUUCGCCUUGGGUGUAACCAUGUAUGGACAAAUGACAGCUGGAAGCUUUUGCUAUAUCGGUCCACAAGGUAUCAUUCACGGGACGGUUAUCACUCUUCGUAAUGUGGCUAGAAAAUAUUUUAAUACAUCGGAAUUGGCCGGGAAAGUUUUCGUAUCAUCCGGUUUAGGUGGAAUGAGUGGCGCUCAAGCGAAAGCGACAAAAAUAGUAGGAUGCAUUGGAGUUAUAGCGGAAAUCUGCUCAAAAACAAUUGAUAAGAGGCUCCAACAGGGGUGGGUCGACGAAGUGAUUGAAGACUUGGGAAUAUGCAUAGAAAGGAUAAGGAAAGCUAGGUCUCAUAAGGAAUGUGUUAGUAUAGCGUACCAGGGAAAUAUAGUGGAUUUAUGGAAAGCUAUUGAAUGUGAUUACGAAAAGACUAAAGAGAAGUUGGUAGAUUUAGGAUCCGAUCAAACCUCUCUUCAUAAUCCAUAUAAUGGGGGAUACUACCCAUGUGGGUAUAGCAUAUCUGAAUCAAAGGAAAUGAUGAUGCGCCAUCCUGAUACGUUUAAGAUGGCUGUUAAAGAAAGCUUAUGCCUACAAGUUUGCUCUAUAAACAGUAUUGUUAAGAGAACUGGUAUGGUAUUUUGGGAUUACGGAAACGCUUUCCUCAUCGAGGCUUCGAAACUAGGAGCCGAUAUAUAUAGUCCUAGCGAUAAAUCUAAAUUUCGUUAUCCUUCUUAUGUACAAGAUAUAAUGGGAGAAGUCUUUGCCUUAGGAUUCGGUCCUUUUCGCUGGAUUUGUACUAGUGGCUUGGAUUCAGAUUUAAUCGAAACUGAUAGGAUCGCUAUAUUUAUAUUGGAAAAUCUUUUAAACAUAUACUCCUUAGAAGAGAAUCACGUGUCUGCAUUCAAUGACUUGUCCACAAAGUUAUUGACGAGGGCAAAAAUUUUACAACUAUAUGAGGAUAACUUAAAUUGGAUCAAGCAUGCGGCCUCUCAUCCUUGUUCUUAUUUGACCGUCGGAACUAAAGCAAGAAUAUUAUACUCCGAUAGUAGAGGUCGGACUGAUUUGGCCUGUGCAUUUAACGAUGCCGUCAAAUCGGGUAUCCUUAAAGGUCCAGUGGUAGUCAGUAGGGAUCAUCAUGAUGUAUCAGGAGCCGAUAGUCCAUUUAGAGAAACAUCUGAUAUUUAUGAUGGCUCAUCUUUUUGCAGUGACAUGUCGGUUCAAAAUGCUUUGGGGAACGUCUCAAGAGGGGCCACCUGGGUAGCUAUACACAACGGAGGAGGAGUAGGUUGGGGAAGGUCUAUUAACAAUGGAUUCGGUUUAGUAUUGGAUGGCAGUGAUGGGGCCAGGCAGAGAGCGGUCUCUUUGUUAAGUUGGGACGUUCUACAUGGAAUGGCGAGACGAUGCUGGGCUAAAUCAAGUCUGAAGGAAUGUUUCUGCGGUAAGGGUCUUACUCAAGAAGAAAAUAAGAAUAUUCUUUGUCAUGAAACAAAAUAUUUAUUAGAUAAUAUGAUGCAGCAGGACCCGCUUUUAAAAAUAACAUUGCCUUACCAAAAUAAUUAUAUUCUAUGACCACUUUCUGAUCAUUUCAAAUAUUUGAUUAUUAACAUUAUUAACAUUAUUAUAGUGGGUAGAUAAAUUUUCGGUAGUGAUAUACCUAAUAUUUAUACAGUUAAUGUGCUAGCAAAUCAAAUGUUAUAUUACAUGUACACAACAUUUAUUUAUUAAUAAAUACCUG